CUGAAAAAUAAAUAUUUGUUCAUAAUUUUUCAUAUACUUGGACUAGCACGAAGAAAUUCUUUGACAAUGGCGCGUGGAAAGAAACAGAAUCCCUUUGCGGCCCGAAAACGCCAAAAGCGCGAAAACGGUCCACAACGCCCCGAUCGGCGUUCCGAGCCUUACGAGGAGACCAAACGCGACAAUAUAUCAUUCAUCAAGUACUAUCACCUACAGAAGAUUUGCCACACAGAGGAGGAAUGGACGCAGUUCCUCGAAUCCAUUCGCGACAAUCUGCCAACCACGUUUCGUGUGACGGGUUUCAAGGGCGAGGCGAAGGCCCUGCUGAACAUCAUCGAGACGCAGCUCUUCACCGAAUAUGUGCGCGCGGUGGCGGAACUACACCAAAAGCCGCCAGAGCAAGUGGAGCGACCCCUGUGCCUGCCCUGGUAUCCCAACGGGAUGGCCUAUCAGCUGCAACUCACGCGCAAGGACAUUCGACGCUCAGAGCCUCUUUACCGGCUGCACAACUUUCUCAUUGUGGAAACGACGGCGGGAAGUAUCAGUCGUCAGGAGGCCGUCUCUAUGAUCCCACCCAUUGUGCUGGACGUGAAGCCCACGGACAAGGUCCUGGAUAUGUGUGCUGCGCCCGGCUCCAAGACGGCCCAGCUUAUCGAAGCCCUGCACGCCUCGCCCGAGGAGCACAAGAUCCCGCCCGGGUUUGUCCUGGCCAACGAUGUGGACAAUAAUCGCUGCUACAUGCUGGUUCACCAGGCAAAGCGUCUGAACUCGCCCUGCCUGCUGGUGACCAACCACGACAGCAGCAUCUUUCCGAACCUGUUGCAGAGCAACGAGGACGGUGCCAAGUCCGUUCUCAAGUUCGACAAGAUCCUCUGUGAUGUCCCAUGUUCCGGAGAUGGUACGCUCCGAAAGAAUCCCGAUAUCUGGACCAAGUGGAACUUGGCCCAGGCCUACAACCUUCAUGGGAUACAGUACCGCAUUGUGCGUCGCGGUGCCGAGAUGCUCGAGGUGGGUGGGCGCCUGGUCUAUUCCACCUGCUCUCUCAAUCCCAUUGAGAACGAGGCUGUGCUGCAGCGCAUUCUGAAGGAUGCCGAUGGAGCCCUCGAGCUGGUGGAUGCUGGUCACCUAGUGCCCGGCUUGAAGUACAAUCCCGGCAUGACAGACUGGAAACUGGCCACCAAGGAGGUGGAUACUGUAUACACAAGCUUCGACGAGGUACCGGAGACACUGCACACCAUCAUCCGUCCAGCCAUGUUCCCGCUGCCCGCCGAGGACAUGGCCAAGAUUAACCUGAACAAGUGCAUGCGGAUAUUGCCGCAUCUGCAGGACACCGGCGGCUUCUUUGUGGCCGUCAUCGUUAAGCGCCGCCAGCUCAGCUUCGAGAAGAACGAUGUGCAAGACUUGGUGGAGAAAGCAGCUAAAACUGCCGUCGAAGAGCCCCAACUCGACGAGUCCGGCAAGCCCAUCGAGGCGAAGAACGUGCCGUGGGGACCACAGCGGAAGCGAAAACGACUCCAUGGGUAUAAGGAGGAUCCGUAUGUGUUCUUUGGAGAGGAAGAUGCCGACUACAAUGCCAUCAAGGAGUUCUACCAGCUGGACGAGUCGCUCAGCAAGCGCUGUCUCCUCACCCGCUGCGUCACCGAGAAGAAAAAGAACAUCUAUUACUGCUCGGAGCCCAUCCGGAAGCUGGUGGUGAACAACGAGCACAACAUCAAGAUUAUAAACACAGGUGUAAAGACAUUUGUCCGCUGCGAGAACCGCCACACGGUUCAUCCAUAUCGGCUAGCACAAGAGGGUUUGCAGACCUCCAACGCGUUCAUGGGCAGCAGUCGUCGCAUCGAGAUCCAUCGCGACGAUCUGGUCCGGCUGCUUAACUGCACCGAUCCCACGAAACCGCCCUCGACCCACGAACUGAAGCAGGCCACCCAGGACCGCUGCAGUGAGCUCGGCGUGGGCAGCUGCAUCCUGAAGUACGUGGACGAACAGUUCACCCUAUUCGUGGUUGGAUGGCGCGGCACUUCUAGCCUGCGGGCCUAUGUCGAUCGCGACGAGACCAUUCACAUCCUCCGUCUGCUCGGCGCCGAUCUCAGCAAGUUUGAGGUCAACAAAUACGAGGAGGCCAAGAAGGCGGCCGCCGCAGCAGCAGCAGCAGCAGCAGGAGCAGCAUCCGCCGCAGAGAAUGGGGCUAAUGGCGCAGAGAUAGAGGCCAAAGCGACAACACCCACAGCUAUGGAAGCGGAUGAACCGGCAACGGAGAGUUAAUGAAGUUAUAAUCUCCUUGAAAAUGCAUUAAAUUUGACUCUCCGCCUCCACUGAUACCCUCUUCUCUGGAGGGGUUUGUAUAAUUACUAUGAAAAAUA